UAUGCAACAGACGUAACAGGACCAGGGGCGGACUGACCAUUUGGAAACUCGGGCACUGCCUGAGGGCCCGGGGUCAGUAGGGGGCCCCAUGAAAUGCCCUUGGUACCUUUUUCAUAGGCUUUUUUUAGUUUGGGCAAGGACACAGGGGCCCCAUGAUCCCCUAUUUUCCAGGGGCCCCACGAUCAGUAGUGGGCCCCAUGAGAUGCCCCUGGUACUUUUUCAUAGGCUUUUUUGAGUUUGGGCAAGAACACAGGGGCCCCAU